AUGGGGAAGGCAAGCAGGUGGAUAAUAAAUUUCUUGCUAGGGAAAAAAGAUGAUAAAGAAAAGAAGAAAAACAUUGGUUUCUAUGAAGGCAGUACGGUUUCAAGCCCAAAUGCUAGUGUAACAUCAACUCCAACUUACAAGCGGAGAUGGAGCUUUGGGAAAUCAGCAAGCAAAGAGAGAGCUCAUAAAUGUUCCAAAUCUCUAGACUCAAUAACCCCACUUAUAGCACGACAUGCAUCGUUAUUGGAAUGGGGAAAUCAGCGAAGUAAUAAAAAUACCAAGGCAGUGGCAGUACCAGCAGAAACUAUAAAAAGAGUUGCGGCACCAAGGGAUGUAGCAGCAAAUAGAAUAAGCAAAUCAGUUGAAGAUGAAGCUGCCACCAGGAUCCAAGCUGCCUUCCGUUCUUAUCUGGCGAGAAAAGCAUUGUGUGCUUUGAGGGCUCUAGUGAAGUUACAAGCACUGGUAAGAGGUCACUUGGUGAGGAAACAGACAACAGCUACUCUCAGGCAAAUGCAUGCCCUGAUGGCAAUACAAGUAAGGGCUCGGUUUCAGAGAAUUCAGAUGGCUGAAGAAUCAUCACAGCUUGUUGUAAGAAGCAAAUCAUCAAGGCAUGGAAGUUCAUCUCAUGACCAUGGACUCACAGGUGUACAUGAAGAGGCAAUCGACCUAGAUGUUUAUGAAACAAAAAGAGUUUUGAAGAACAAACAUGAGCAUUUGAAUCAGUCACUAAUACAGAGAAGGGAUCAUGGACAUACCAAAUACUACUCUGGAGAACUCUCAAUCUUAAAGCGAGAGCACCGGUAUGAGGAGUUUUCCUUCUCCACAGCACAGAAUAGUCCCCAAAUCUGCUCCCCAACUCCACAGACAAUCCCCGGAAGAGCCUCUUUCACCUGUCAGAAGCCGGAUUAUGUUCACAGUUUUUCUCAUCCAAAUUACAUGGCCAACACAGAAUCUUCAAGGGCUAAAGUCAGGUCACAAAGUGAACCCAAACAGAGGCCUAAAUGGAGCACGAGACCAAAAAGCAACCAAAUAGCUUCAAUGGAUCGAAGAAAUGCCCAGCAAGAUGCUCAAAUUCAAGGCUCGUCCUUUCACUCGACGCCCAUUGCUUAUGAAAGCCAAGACCCUUGGUUCAUCAAGCUCUAUCAACCAACUGUGUCAAAGGAUAGUGAUUGUGAUGCCAAAAGCACAACUAGCUCUAAUUAUCCCAACCAGAGCAAACUUCUGGUUGCAUAUGAGGUAGUUUUGCAUUAA